AUGGAUGAAUUCGAGAAAUUAUUCUGCGGCGAAUGGGUAUGUGUCCGGACCGACAACCUGAGAGAAUCAAUGGAGGCUAUGAGCAUGCAAAAAGAAGAUAUUGACUUUUUCAUGGAAAACAAACCUAAAAUGAAAAUUGUACGCCAAGGUGAUAAAGUUUUUCACUCAACGGAUCUGGGUCGAGGCGUAAUGCACGACAUAACAUACGAGUUUGGCAAAGAGUUUGAGGCGAAGGACAACAAAAGAGACCCACCGCUUUAUCACAACAAGCUAACAUGUACUUUCGAAAACGGAAAACUAACUUUCGAAAGUAGGUCACAGCUAACAGGUCCCAGGAAGAUAGAUGUAGCCACGGUUAUGUUUGUAAAAGAUGGUGAACUUAUAUCUGACAGUAGUCCACUAAAUGACCGUAGUAUUGUCGGCAGGAGGAUUUACAAAAAGGCGUAACCAUGACAACGAAAAAAUCACACUGUUAAAGAGAGGAACAUGGUGUUUUUCAUGCAGCAGAUCCAAACACUAUUUAUGUCGAUUUACAUCAGUUAUCAUAAGAAGCAGGAAAAGUAUGUUAUAGAGAGAUUGCGUGAAAUGAAAGAGCACGCGAAUUGAAAUUUAAAAUAAAUGUAGAAAAUGUUUCAUUAAUAAAAUGUGCCGAUAUAUUAACUAGUCAACCAUAUUGGUUGUUUUCACUGUUUAAGAUGUAUCGAACAAAGUUUAAUCUAUGUAUGUUUACUUUUAGACGUAUAAUUACUUCAAUGUAUAUGUAAGAUUUACUAGAAAUUUAAAUUGUUCUCUAUUUAUCUUAACUAUUUACCAAACUAUUACUGCCACUGGCCAAGUUUGGCCAAAUUUAAAUCACUGUUAAAUUGCUCACAGAGUAGUCUGGUUAAUAAUAUAGCUAAAUAUGUCUACGAAGCUAACAUUCUUCGAGGAUAAUGCUCCCUUAGAAUAUGAAAACUUUUCAUAUAUCAAUUAUUAUUUGAAUAAAGAAUAUGAAAACUUUUCAUAUAUCAAUUAUUAUUUGAAUAUGCAAAAUGUUGUAUACCUUUGAAUUGUACAGGUCUUUCCUUUAUUUUGCAAAGUUGCAAUAACUAGAUAUUUUUCUCAUACAAUUGGUUUAUAGAUUAUAUCUUAAUUUCAUGCUUUUCUCUUUGUAAACACUGUGUUGUAUAGGGUUG